UUUAACAAAAUAAAUAUAUCAGCAAAAUAAGUAUUUUCCGGUCUGAACUGUACGACGCCGUUGAAGUUUCUUGUGCCUAACAUGAGCUCGGAGAUGAAAGAGGAACGCCGCGAAGAAGAUAACGGUAAAGCUUGUGGUGAUGAGUACAGAGGGAAAUCGUCAACAGAAGUUGUACGUACGGUGACGGAGGAAGAGGUGGAUGAGUUUUUCAAGAUAUUACGGAGACUACACGUGGCGACACGGAUUGUGGCGAGAGUUAACGGCGGUGACGCUGAACGUGAGUUACCUUCUAAGAAGAGGAAACGGAUUCAGAGUCUUGGCCUGAGGAGCUCAUUGGAUACUAACGAAGUUCAAGAUGGAGAAUCAGAUGGAAUAAAUCGGGUCGGGCUACGGAAUUUGGGUUUGGAUCUUAACUGUCAACCGGAACCCGAAGCAGUUAAAAUGUAAUCCUUCUUCAUAACUAAAAUAUUGUUCCAGUAAUCUAUUUUCAAUAUAACUACAAUAUUUUUUUAUUAG